AUGACUCCGAGCUUUGAGACGUACGAUCGACGCGUCCUUUUCAGAGAGGCGGGCGGUGUUGGUGCUGGCACUGGUGCUGAGAUGUUGCACGUCUCGGUCCAGGAGCAUCACGGGACGGAAGGAGGAUCUACCUGGAUCUAUCUAAACGACUCCCGAGCAAUAAGCGGCCAGCCAAGUCGACUCCGUGAGCAAGCGGUACUCAACCCAGAUCGCGGCUCCAAAGAAGGCCGAGAGGGUGCAAAAGACACACAAGUUGUGAACAUAAUACGCAAUGUAAUGUUCCACAGUGUCAAUCAUGCACCACGUACCGACGGGGUCCGCAAGGCGCAGACUCGACUCUCGAACCGGGAAUCCCAAGAUAUGGCGGACGAAGCGACAGAUUUUGACCAGGAUAAUGGCCGUCAGAAACGUCGCUAUGAAGGACAGAGCGAGGGCAAAACCGCGGCUGAAGAUGGUGACCUCCUCGUAGUAGGUCGUCGCCGGAGUGACAGGGAGCUCGCUCUCGGGGAUGCUGCGCUUGAUGAAGGUAAUGGUCGCGCAGUAGUUGAUCGUCCCGAGAACAACGAUGAGGUCGGAUAUCGUCCAACGCCUGAAAUAGCUGCUGAUGGGUUUCGGAAACUUGGACGUGCUGCCGCUCUCGAGGUCGACGACAUCAUGCUCGUAUGGCAUCUUCUCGUUGGUGUUCUCGACCGCGUGCUGCUGAUGGUUGUCUACCAGAACAGUCUUUUCGUGAACAGACAUGAUUGUCGAUUUGGGACUUGUAAAUUAGGGGUGAAAGUUGACGGUAUUUGUAGAGAGGAAGAGUUCGAACGCUAA